CGGCCGGCAAAUUUUGUAAACAAGUUGAAGGCGAAAAAUGUGGACAAAAAGCAUGGCUCUUUCGGCUGGAUUGCGACCAAGUUUUCUUAGACAUUUUCUUAGGAGAAGAAAUUACUCUUCAAAACCAGAGCAUGCGCCUUGUUAUAGCGUUUGUGAUAUCUUUCGUGGAAAUAAAAAUGGAAAUGUCACUGUCAAGGGCUGGAUAAAAUCCGUAAGAAAAAUGAAAGGCGCCGUUUUUAUUGACAUCAACGAUGGUUCCGGACCAGAAAGGCUGCAAAUUGUGAUUCCAAAAGAGAUGAUGACCAGUAACAUGGGGUUUGGAGCUUCCCUAGAGGCAUGUGGCCGCCUUGCUGUGAACCCAAACAACCAAAAGGAGCUAAAAGCAGACAAAAUCAAAGUACUCGGCUCCUGCGACGCAACGACAGACUAUCCUUUCGCUGCCAGAAAGUCUUAUCCAGAUGAUUACAUCAGACAGUUCUUGCAUUAUAGGCCUCGACACUCGCCCUUUGCCAGUGUGCUGAGACUACGAGAUGCUGCCAUGCGGAGCUUGCACUACAUCCUGGGGGAAAUGGACUAUAUUUGCGUGAGCACGCCUAUUUUGACUUCAAAUGACUGCGAAGGUGCCGGAGAAGUCUUCACCGUGCAGCCCCACAACAAAGAGUGCCUUGACGCGAUAAGGAAGCACGGGAUGACGCUCGAAGAGGCUUACUUCAACUGCGAAGCCUUCCUCACGGUUUCUGGACAGCUCCAGCUUGAGGCAGCGGCCAGGGGCCUUGGCAAGGUUUACACAUUUGGCCCAGUGUUCAGGGCGGAAAAUUCUAAAUCAAGGCUCCACCUCUCCGAAUUCUACAUGCUGGAGGCCGAGACUGCAUUUAGUGAUGAUAUCGAAGAGCCAAUGGACUUAACCGAGCAGCUUGUGAAGGGCACAGCGCAAAAACUUCUAGACUCGUGCAAGAACGAUCUCGAGUACCUGGGAAAAAUUAGCAACUGCAAUUUGAUAGAGCGUCUGGAUAAAAUAGCAAACGGCCCAGCUUUCCCUAGAAUGCAGUAUGACGAGGCAGCAGAAAUACUGAAGCAGCACGAGAGUCAAUUCGAAGUUAAGGUGGUCAUUGGAGAAAAUUUUAAAAAGGAGCAUGAAUUGUUCCUCAGCAAUCGCAGCCUUCAGGAAACGGGCCAGAGUUUGAUAUUCAUAACUCAUUGGCCUGCGCACACAAAAGCAUUUUACAUGAAGCGAAAUGAUUCUAGUCAGGCUUUGGCGUUCGACCUCUUAGGCCCGAUCUGUGGAGAACUGUGUGGCGGAAGUGUUCGAGAGCCAGAUAUGAAGGUCAUUGAGGAAAGGCUAUUGCAGUGUGGGGACAAAAAUGCUAUGAAGCACAUGGAGUGGUAUCUGGAAAUUAGAAAACACGGGAAUGUGCCUACCUCAGGCUUUGGUAUUGGCUUUGAGAGGCUGUUACAGAGUAUGUUGGGAGUUUUGAACAUAAAAGACGUUAUUCCAUUUCCACGAGGCCCUCAUCAAUUAAAAAUGUAGAGGUAAUUUGAACCAAUUAAAAACAGUGAAAGUC